CUGUAGGCGCGUCUCUUUGUACUACUUGAGCGCGCAGGACACGUCCACGCGCCCUGUGAGUGUGCGUGUUGUUUGCGUUCAUCUCUCAGCGUGUGACUGUCUUCAUCCGGAUCAGACGGGUCUUCAUACUAGCAGCGUGAGCUCCAGUUGGAUUUCAGGAUGCCGACACAUAAACACAGCCCCCCGCCGUACCAGCCAAGUGGUAGCAAACACCAUAGCAGCAGACACCACAGGCACAGUGAGCGCAUAUCCAACCCAGCCUUUUCCAACUACCCAGGAGAGAAGAUGCUUCACUUCUAUCGCUGGACUUCACCACCUGGUGUGAUGAAGAUAUUGUGUAUCAUCAUCAUCAUCAUGUGUGUGGCUGUGUUUGCCUGUGUGGCCUCCACACUGGCCUGGGACUACGAUAUGAGCCUCUUGGGUCUGGGAGGUGGCUCUGGCUUGUUGCCAGGUAUUGGUGGUGGCUCUUAUGGAGGCGGCUCAUUUGGAGGUGGAGGCGGCCAGUAUGGAGCCGGCCAGUAUGGAGGCGGCGCUGGCAUUGGCGGCAGCUCCUAUGGCUCUGGAGGAACACAAAUGGAUCCCAAAGCUGGCAAAGGCUUCAUUAUUGCCAUCUCUGGCAUUACCUUCAUAGCUGUGCUCAUCAUAUUUGUGUUGGUUGUUUCAAGGCAAAAUGCUGCCCGCUCAUCAAAGUUCUACCUAGCAACCAUCAUCAUCUGUGCCAUCUUGGCAUUCCUGAUGAUCAUCGCCACUAUCGUGUACCUGGUGGCGGUGAACCCGACAGCCCAGUCCACAGGGUCUGUCUACUACAGCCAGGUCCGCCAACUGUGUGCCCAGUAUCAGAACCAGAACCAGGCCCAGGGCAUCUUCCUCAACCAGUAUCUCUACCAUUACUGUGUGGUGGAGCCCCAAGAGGCCAUAGCUAUUGUCCUGGGCUUCCUGGUGUUUGUUGCCCUCAUCAUCCUGCUGGUGUUUGCAGUCAAGACUCGCAAGGAAAUCAGGCGCUGGGGCCGGGAUCGUAUUCUCUGGGAGGAAGUGAAGGUCGUCAAUGAUGGUCUACGCAACAGCGUCGGGGAGUGGGUGACCAAUGUGUCUGGUAACCCAGAAUUUCUGGUGAAUGACUCUAAUCCCAAAGUGAGGGGGUCCAGAGACUAUCUGGACAAGCUGGACCACCACAAGCCUCUUUACCUGCCAGGAGACUCAGAGAUCAGCAGUUCUGUGGGAGGCCUGAAGCCCAGACUGAAUAACUAUGACACUGUGGAGUCUGGAGAUGACCUGGAGGGAGAGGACUUCUAUGUUUUGUUUCCUUCCAUUGUGGAUGAGCAAGAGCGUCUGAGCUACAAACGGGAAUUUGACCGGGAACACCAGGAGUACAAGACCAUGCAGGCUGAGCUUGACAGCAUAAACCAGGACCUGGCUGACCUGGACAGAGAUCUGCAUCGACACCCUGAGGGCAGUCCACAGUUCCUGGAUGUCAUGGACAAAUACACCAGACUGAAGAAUCUCAAGAAGUCCCCAGACUACCAUAUUAAGAAGAAGAGGAGUAAAUAUCUCAGGUCCAAACUGUCACACAUCAAAAGCAAGAUCAGCGAAUACGACCGCCGGCCAUGAACCUCCACCUCUGACCCCCUCAUGACCCCACUGUGUUUGAGUUUAUCACAAACAUAUAUGGGAUUACUAUAGUGAAAACCUUUUGCCUUUACAUCUCUAUCAAGCCAAUCAACUGUGAUUUUUUUUUUUUUUUCCCAGAGAAGGGGUGAAGGAAGUGAUUUUUUUUGUUGUUUUUUACCAUUGUCUUUGAUCAAUUAUUCAAUCUCUGAGUUUCAUGAAGUAUGAGCUAUUUAGGUGUAUAAAAUGUAUUUUAUUGUAUCUCCUGAAGAUAGAAAGUCAGAGAAUGUAUAUGAGAUGUUUUUGUUUGUGAUUUUUAUGUAGCAGUUAUUGUGCUUCUUUUAAAUCCUUUUUAAAAGCAUGUUUGACAGUUUAAUGUACAAUGAAGGCACAGCUAAGAUGAGA